GAGCAACCCGUCAACUUGGUCACGUGAGUCGUUGUCUGUCUGAUGGCUUGACACCCGAUGCCCGCAGCUGCGGUUAAGCGCCAGGUCGCGCCUUCUCAUGUUUUAUGUUCUACUGUCCAUGAUCUAUCGCAGAUUCUACGUCUGACUCUACCUAGGCACACGCCCAAGCAGCGAAACUAAGGUACCUGAAUUAUUAAUUAGCGCCAAGAUGCCUGAACCCUUCUCCAUCGCUAUUGGUGUCAUUGGACUGCCCAUGUCGACCUUCACCUUUUUCGUAUCGACAAUCCAGAAGUCGGACCAAUUCCGUCGGGACUUCCAAAAUGCGCACAGGGCCCUUGGUUCCGCCCAAACCCAGCUAGUAAUGGGAAAGAUGAAUUAUCGAUCCUGGAAAGAGACAUGGUGUAACGGACCACGCCACUUUACCGACGACGAUUAUGUUUACUUCUGGGGCCAGGAAGGCUAUGAUGAGGUCCGGCGCAUUGUCUCCAUGAUGGAAGAUAGCAUGGCCGAGCUUGCACUACUUUUGUAUUCCAGUCCAGACUUCACUCGCCCCACCCAGCCAAUGGCCCUCACCCAGAUCCAAGUCCAAAAGUGGGAGAGCGAACUGAGAGAUCUCCAAGCUGGCUUCAAUCCACAGGUCGGAUGGUUGGGACGAAUCGCCUCCGCAUUGGUUGGCACGGCCCGCCUGAAGCAGUGCGCCGACGAGUUGAAGGAGUCGGCCGGGAACCUGGCCGGAUUGUCGAGGCAGCUAGUGUGGGCCGCCCAUUUUCAGAUCGAAGCCCAGCCGGAUAUCACCAACCGCUACCUUACGCAGAUGCUAGAUCGCCGAGAUCUUAUCCAUCACAAUUUCAAAGCCUUAACUCGACUACACCGCGCCAUCGAGAUGAACAGGUGGGGGAUUUGGGCCGUCGUCCUCAGAUCUCCCGAUGCCAACGGCGGCCCGCUUUCUUUGGACACGGGAUCGGUACUCGUCAACUUCCUCGCAUCCAGAAACAGUAUACGAAACGCCCAAGAAACAGGCGAUGUCAGCCUCCUGAUGUUUGAGCCGUCGUUAUUUGUGGUCGAGUUGGAGUCUGUCGACGACACAAUUGGAGCAUGGUGCGACAGAGAGAUGCUUCGUUCGGCUCCAAACAUACAAACCCACCACAUGUACCUGGCGGAUACGUUCCGUUUUCCAUCCCACCUAGAUUCGAGGCUGCGGCUUACGGGGGCCGCACUUGGUCUCACCAACUGGGCUUUCCUUCUCUGGAACACGCCAUGGACGCAAAGCCUCUGCAGCUGCUGCAUCCGCUUCGUGUCGGUUGACACUUCUAGGUCUACGGCUACACUUCAACCGGGCCAACAUGAUCCAAACCAUUUAGCGACUAUCAUCACAAAAACACGCUGUUAUAAGGAUCGCGGAAAACAUAUACCAAGGAAGGCCCUGCUCUUAGGCACGUCGCUCGCAGAGAUUGCCAUCCGAAGGCUAUUGACAAUCGCCCUCACAUCGCCCAACGGGAUUCCACGCUUCGCCCUAGGCCACAACCCCCCAAUUUCGGCUAACGAGUUGCUGGGCAAGGUGCGAAUGGCGCGAGACCUGCCGUUCGAGAGGGCAGUUAGGUACUGCUUUUGGUAUGACAGGGAACGCCAAGAGGGGUUCCAUCCGGACGACAUUAUCCGCUUCAAAGAAAACGUGAUCAACGAGUAAGCUUUGUCCAAACUUCUUUCCUCCCAGCCCAGUCUUGCGAACCAUCGGCAGUAAUUCAACGAGGCUGACAACACGGGUGCGAAAGACUGGAGCCG